GAAGAUCAUGAUACAGAUGUGUGUAGUAAAGAGGUGGCGACUAUCUAGCUAUUCACUUGAUCAGAUUUCAAACUCUGAUUGGCUGCUUCACUGCUUCAGAGAUGCGACGCUCUAUAACUGGCUGGAGAGCGCACGCUGGAGAAAACAAAACKGACAAAAUCACUACAACUUCACCGUGUUCCUUCAGUCGCGAGGAUUCAUACCAACAGCUGUGCGUAAAAUUGACUUUAUGGGAAGAUAUCAACUCUUUAGGGAUUCAUGUCAAACUGGAUGCAACUUGCCAUAUCAAAUGAGUUAAUUGUGACGGUGAUGCUGAAAUAAAUAAAAUGCUGUGUCUGCGUGACUCUGGAGGCUGCCUGCGGGACCAGAUGCACUACAUGAUGAGGUCCCUGCAGGACCUGAAGCACUUGAGAAGGACCUGCCCUGCUGCUGCCCCUGCAAUCACCCCUGCCCACCGCUCUGCAGUGGCACGAGCCUGCCAUCAGAGGGCACUUCAGCUGGAGCGCCGUACCCGCCUGCGYAUCUCUGACGCCAGUACGGCCAGCACCUACGACUCAGCCUGCUGUCUGGCCAGUCCUCUGGAGGAGGAGGAGGAUGCAGGCAGCCGGCUGGGUCUGGGCCUUGGCCUGGGUCUGACCUCCCCCAGUAGUGAGAAAAGUCUGGAGUUUGACUCUGGCUACUCUGAGGCCUCCUGGCAGGACGAGGGCGUGGUGCUCAGGAGGACCAGGAAUGUACGGGUGUCCUCCUCUGCCUGCCUCCGCACCAACCUGGCCCCCAGUGGCCGGGUCCGACCCAAAUCCACAUCAGACGCAUCCCUGGAGAGCUGGACCUCAUUCGAGGCCAAUGACCCUGAGGACUGGACCACAUCGCUGCUGACGCGGGGACGGAACAGACAACCUCUGGUACUGGGGGACAACAGCUUUGCUGACCUCAUACAGAACUGGAUGGAMCUACCGGACUUCCCCGAACCAGUAGAACUGAAGCCCAGCUCUGGGUGCAGACUGGCUCGAUGCUUCUUGGUCAACAUGAGGCGGAAAAUAGCUGGCAUGUCAAAGAGUGUAGAGGAGAGGGUGAGGAUGAGGUCCUCAGAUUCUUCUUCUCAUGUGAGUCGGACAGCUAUGGCCCCCAAACGACUCUCCUGCCCCCUAGGGGUGCAGGMCCCUGCCCCGCGCCAGUCCCCCUUCUUCCACCAGUCCCACUCUGGCCUGCAUGAUCUAGACACAGACUUCUAUCAAUUCACUGCCCUCAUGAAGACUGGCAGCAGACAGCCUAUUAUCUGUAAUGACAUCAUCGGCUACAUCUGACUCCAGGUCAGCCACUAACAGACUCUCAUUCUAAACAAUAGACAAUUCCCAAAGUCACUAUAUUUUUAAAAUGUUAUCACUAUGUUCUGACUAUAAGCUGCCAAAAAUAAAACAUUGUAUUAUUUGAGAUUGGA